AUGCUACUCGGGAUUAUUUUGUUGUUUUCCUCCUCGCUCCACGUGUGCCGCGCGCUUCUCCCUACUCCCGCCUCCAGCUCGCGCGCAGCACCUGCCGGACGCAACUCCGGGCUCGUGCGCUCGGUGGACCGGCUGUACCGCGGCGGCGGGCGCGCGGGCUUCCUCCUGGACAUGGACGGCCGGCGCUUCCAGCUCGACCUGGAGAGGGACGAGAGCGCGUCGGUGGAGCGCGCGCUCGAGCUCGGACGCGGGCGCGCGCGCCGUCCCUGCGCGUACCGCGGCACGGUGGACUCGAAGCCCGAGUCUCUGGCGGUGUUCGAGCUGUGCGGCGGACGCGUGCGCGGCUUUUUUGCCGUGGACGGCGCGCGCUACAAGGUGCGCACGCGCCCGCGCUCCUCCGUCUACUACUACAAGCGCGAGGGCUUCCGCUUCGAGGCGGCGCGGGGGGCGGAGGCGCGCGACAGCUGCGGCACGCGUGACGCCGAGGAGAAACGGGUGUCCCACGCAGGGGGAAAGAGGAGGAGGCGAGGAAGGUCGGUGUCGCGCGCGCGGCACGUGGAGUUGCUGCUGGUGGCCGACGAGAGCAUGGCGAAGAAGUACGGCUCCGAGCUUCGGCACUACCUGCUCACGCUGGCGUCCAUCGCCUCGCGCCUCUACGGUCACGCCAGCAUCGAGAACCCCGUGCGCCUGGCCGUGGUGAAGGUGACCGUGCUGCCGGAGAAGGAGAAGGGCCUGGAGGUGUCGCGCAACGCCGCCGCCACGCUCAAGAGCUUCUGCAAGUGGCAGAACCAGCAGAACCCGCUGGACGACGACCACGAGCAUCACCACGACGCUGCCAUCCUCUUCACCAGGCAGGACCUGUGCGGGCAUCACUCGUGUGAUACACUGGGCAUGGCCGAUGUGGGAACUGUGUGCUCUCCAGAGAGAAGCUGCGCUGUCAUCGAGGACGACGGCCUGCACGCCGCUUUCACCGUUGCGCAUGAGAUUGGGCACCUUCUAGGACUGUCCCACGAUGACUCCAAGUUCUGUGAGGAGAGGUUCGGCUCCACAGAGGACAAGAGGCUUAUGUCGUCCAUCCUAACGUCCAUCGAUGCCUCCAAACCCUGGAGCCGCUGCACCUCGGCCACCAUCACCGACUUCUUUGAUGAUGGAAAUGCGGAGUGUUUGCUGGACAUGCCACGCCAGCCUAUCCUGGGCCCUGAGGAGCUCCCAGGUCAGAGCUAUGAUGCAGUGCGCCAGUGCCGGCUAGCUUUCGGGCCUGAGUACACGGUGUGCCCGGGCAUGGACGUGUGCGCCCGCCUAUGGUGCGCAGUGAUCAGGAAGGGCCAGAUGGUGUGCCUGACCAAGAAGCUUCCAGCUGUAGAGGGCACACCAUGCGGCAAGGGCAGGAUAUGCCUACAAGGGAAGUGUGUGGACAAGACCCGCAAGAGGCACUAUUCGGCCUCUAACCACGGUAGCUGGAGUUCCUGGGGGCCGUGGGGGACAUGCUCUCGGACAUGCGGAGGUGGAGUGCAGUUUGCCCACCGUCUGUGCAACAACCCCCCUCCUCGCAACAACGGGCGCUACUGCACCGGAAAGAGAGCCAUCUACAGGUCCUGCAAUGUCACUCCCUGCCCUGCGCAAAGUAAGACUUUUAGGCAAGAGCAGUGUGAGGUGAGGAACGGGCCUCAGACUGACCCUAAGGGAGUGAAGACCUUUGUGGAGUGGGUUCCCAAGUACGCUGGUGUACUGCCAAAGGACAUGUGCAAGCUGACUUGUAGGGCCAAGGGCACAGGCUACUAUGUAGUCUUCUCUCAAAGGGUGAUAGAUGGAACUGAAUGUAGGCCCUACAGCAGCUCAGUGUGCGUGAAAGGGAAGUGCGUGCGCACCGGCUGUGAUGGUAUCAUAGGCUCCAAGCUGCAGUAUGACAAGUGCGGCAUCUGUGGUGGCGACAGCACCAGCUGUAUAAAAGUGGCUGGCAACUUCACAAAGAAAUGUAAGGGCUACACUGAUGUGGUAAAGAUCCCCGAAGGCUCAACUCACGUCAAGGUCCGUCAGUACAUGCCAAAAGGUCAGACUCGCUUCACAGCCUACCUAGCCCUCCGUCGGCCCGGAGCAGAUUACCUCCUCAAUGGCAAGUUCAUGAUCUCCACCUCGGAGACCGUCAUCCCUUUGAACGGCACUAUGUUCAACUACAGUGGCUGGAGCCAGCAUGAUGAGGCCCUCCACAGCAUGGGGCCUGGGGCUCUCCGAGAAAGCCUGGUGGUCCAGAUAUUGGCGACCGAUGCAAAGAAGCCACUAGACAUACGCUACAGCUUCUUCAUGCCACGCAAGAUGCCGCUCCCGCCUCGGACCACCUCACUGCUUUCCGCCACAGCUGCAGCUUUGUCCUCAGCUGAGGUGUUGACCAUGACCACGGAGAUGCCCUCCACGAUUGAACCUGCAUCAACGACCCCACCUGGACCUAGGUGGGUGACAGGGCCAUGGAUGACUUGCUCCAGGACUUGUGACACGGGCUGGCAGAGUCGCACCGUUCAGUGCAAGGACCCUCAGGGUAAGCUAAGUAAGGGGUGCCCUCUGGGACCCAGACCUUCAGCCUUUAAACACUGCCUUGUUAAAAAGUGCUGAAGAACCUUCAAGGAAACAGACUUGGGAAAGCUUGCUCUUAUGGACACGUGCCUCUUCUUCCACGUCCGCAGUGGAAGGUCUCAAGAAGAGACGGACAGAUUGGAGCACAUAGAAUCUUUUGGAGCAGAACCAUAAAAGGUUCUUUUGCAGUCGUGAUUGUUCUUAUGCUGUUUCAUGGCCUAGAAUGUCACUGUGGAACUUUGGCUUGUAUUCUGACGAUGACCUUGGACAAGGAGCGCCAGCCCUGGCCUCUAAUGCAAAACAGUGACUUCAUCUACAGUCUGGAUUCACUGAUAAAUAGCCACUCCUCUCCUGACAACCACAUCUCUUUGUCCAGUCACUCCCCUUUGGGGUUCAGUGCAUGUCCAUCACCAGAUGAGAUUUGAACUGCAAUCCAGCAACAACAACAGAAAUGAAACCUUAGGUUCACAUAGAGGACUGCAGGUGAAUUGAGAUAUUUCCACACCAUGGGACUGUAGUGAGACUACUCUGGCUUUGGAGUUCGACAGCUCUAACAAUGGUGCAGACCUUCUAGAAAUGGAAGCUUGUAAAC